AUGCGCUCGAAGCUCUGGAGCCUGCUCUUCAGCUGGUUCCCCGUGACCAUCGAGACGCCGGCGGACCUGAAGCUCGACGGCGGCAAGAUCUACGUGUUCGCCGUGCACCCCCACGGCGUCCUCGCCUUCAACCGGGCCGCCUUCGGCUUUGACAUCGACACGCUCUGGAACGCGGCGUUCCCGGGCGUCGACUUCCGCGUGCUCACGGCGACGGCCGCGUUCUACGUGCCCAUCAUCCGCGAGCUCUGGCUCUGGAGCUACUGCGUCGACGCGUCGAAGCGGACGGCCCGCCGGGUCCUCGCCGCGCGCAAGUCCAUCCUCGUCUACCCGGGCGGCGAGCGCGAGCAGAUCCUGACGAGGCGCGGCGAGCACGUGCUCUACCUCAGCAAGCGCAAGGGCUUCGUGAAGAUCGCGCUCGAGCACGGCGCGGAGCUCGUGCCCAUGUACGCCUUCGGCGACACGGACCUCUUCGAGCACCACGCGUUCCUCCUCGGCUUCCGCAAGUGGCUCGUGAGGACGCUCGGCGUCGCGAUCCCCCUCAUCACGGGCUCCGUCGGCCUGCUGCCGCACCGGCGGCCCGUGCGCAUCGUCGUCGGCGCGCCCCUGCCCUGCCCCUGCGCCGACGGCUGCCCGACGCAGAAGGACGUCGACGCGGCCCACGCGGCCUACGUCGCCGCGCUCCGCGCGCUCUUCGACGCGCACAAGGCGCGCUGCGGCCACGCGGCCGCGGAGCUCGUCAUCACCUAG